AUCAGCGUCCGCUUCGGGCGCCUGCCCUCUCGCGGUAGGCUCCCGCGCCUGUCCGUCAGGUGGGCCGGGGGCGGCGGCCGGGCUGGCGCCGAGUUCCGGACGCGCGGCGACCGCGGGGGCUUCCUGGUGCACGGGGGUCCCAGCUCCCAUGGCUGCAGCCAGUGUGACGCCCCCCGACUCUCUGGAAGUGCUGCAGCCGGGCUUCUCCACGAGCCUCCUGGGCACGAAGUUGGAGGCCAAGUACCUGUGCUCGGCCUGCGGGAACGUGCUGCGCCGGCCCUUCCAGGCCCAGUGCGGCCACCGCUACUGCUCCUUCUGCCUCAGCGGCAUCCUCAGCUCUGGGCCCCAGAACUGUGCCGCCUGUGUCCGUGAAGGCAUCUAUGAGGAAGGCAUUUCUGUCUUAGAAAGCGCUUCAGCUUUUCCAGAUAACGCUGCCCGCAGAGAAGUGGAGAGCCUGCCGGCCAUCUGUCCCAACGACGGGUGCACCUGGAAGGGCACCCUGAAGGAAUACGAGCAGAGCUGCCACGAGGGACAAUGCCUGUUCCAGCUGACCGAGUGCCCUGCCUGCAAAGGCCUGAUCCGCCGCUGCGAGAAGGAGCGCCACGCCCAGCACGAGUGCCCCGAGCGGAGCCUGAGCUGCCGGCACUGCCAGGCCCCCUGUGGCCGGGCGGACACAGAGGCACACCAUGCCAUCUGUCCCAAGUUCCCCCUGACCUGUGAGGGCUGCGGCAAGAAGAAGAUCCCCCGCGAGAAGUUACAGGAGCACGUCAAGACAUGUGGCAAAUGCCGGGUCCCCUGCAGGUUCCACGCCAUCGGCUGUCCUGAGGUGGUGGAGCUGGAGAAGCAGCAGGAGCACGAGGCCCAGCGGCUGCGGGAGCACCUGGCCCUGCUGCUGGCCUCGGUGCUGGACGCCAAGCCCCUGCUGCGGGACUGCUGCCCGGCAGAGCCGGAGCUCCUGCAGAGGUGCCAGGCGCUCGAGAGCAAGACGGCCACCUUCGAGAACAUCGUCUGUGUCCUCAACCGGGAGGUGGAGAGGGUGGCCAUGACCGCCGAGGCCUGUGGCCGACAACACCAGCUGGACCAGGACAGGAUUGAAGCCCUGAGUAAUAAGGUGCAGCAGCUGGAGCGGAGCCUGGGCCUCAAGGAUCUGGCCCUGGCCGACCUGCAGCAGAAGGUCCUGGAGAUGGAGGCGUCGACCCACGACGGGGUCCUCAUCUGGAAGAUCUCGGACUUUGCCAGGAAACGCCAGGAGGCCGUGGCUGGCCGCACACCGGCCAUCUUCUCCCCAGCCUUCUACACCAGCAGGUACGGCUACAAGAUGUGUCUGCGCAUCUACCUGAAUGGUGAUGGGACCGGACGGGGCACACACCUCUCUCUGUUCUUCGUGGUGAUGCGGGGCCCCCACGAUGCCCUCCUGCGGUGGCCCUUCAACCAGAAGGUGACCCUGAUGCUGCUUGACCACAACAACCGGGAGCACGUGAUCGAUGCCUUCCGGCCGGACGUGACGUCCUCCUCCUUCCAGAGGCCUGUCAGCGACAUGAACAUUGCCAGCGGCUGCCCGCUCUUCUGCCCCGUCUCCAAGAUGGAGGCCAAGAACUCGUAUGUGCGUGAUGACGCCAUCUUCAUCAAGGCCAUUGUGGACCUGACGGGCCUCUAGGUGCCUCUCGCGGGAGGCCAGGCAGCGGGGCGGGCACGUGG